CAACGCUGGCGGGGACGCGCGCAGGCUCUGCGCUCUCGAUUUUCCCAGUUUUCGGGUACCGGCUUCGCAAGAUGCGGUCUUCCCUGGCUCCGGGUAUCUGGUUCCUCCGUGCCUUCUCCAGGGACAGCUGGUUCCGUGGCUUCGUCCUGCUGCUCACUUUCCUCAUUUAUGCCUGUUAUCACAUGUCCAGAAAGCCCAUCAGCAUUGUUAAGAGCCGCCUGCAUCAGAACUGCUCAGAGCUGAUCAGACCCGAUAAUGACACCCAUGACCUCAAUGAUACUACCUGGUGCAACUGGAGUCCAUUUGACAAAGAUGACUACAAGGAGUUACUGGGAGCUGUGGACAAUGCCUUCCUAGUGGCUUAUGCCAUUGGCAUGUUUAUUAGUGGAAUAUUUGGGGAGCGGCUGCCCCUUCGUUACUACCUUUCAGCUGGAAUGGUGCUAAGCGGCCUGUUCACCUCCCUCUUUGGCCUAGGGUACUUCUGGAAUAUCCAUAUGCUCUGGUACUUUGUGCUUAUCCAGAUCUGCAACGGACUUGUUCAGACUACAGGCUGGCCGUCCGUGGUGACCUGUGUUGGCAACUGGUUUGGGAAGGGAAGGCGGGGAUUCAUCAUGGGCAUCUGGAAUUCCCACACGUCUGUAGGCAACAUUCUGGGCUCCCUGAUCGCUGGAGUCUGGGUGAACCAGCAGUGGGGCCUGUCCUUUAUCGUACCUGGCAUUAUCACUGCUGUCAUAGGCAUCGUCACCUUCCUCUUUCUUAUUGAAUAUCCAGAAGACGUGGACUGCACCCCUCCUCAGCACCAUGGUGACCUGGAGAAGGAACAGGACAACCUGGAAGAUCCUGUGAAUGGUCCCUACACCAGCAGGGACAGUAGCGUGGACAUCGCAGCCAGCUCCUCCAAGGAGCAGGGCCCUGAGCCUGAAGCCAUCAGUUUCUUGGGAGCACUCAAAAUCCCGGGUGUGAUCGAGUUCUCUUUAUGUCUGCUCUUCGCCAAGUUGGUCAGCUAUACCUUUCUCUACUGGCUGCCCUUGUACAUCUUCAAUGUGGCUCACUUCAGUGCCAAGGAGGCUGGGGACCUAUCCACACUCUUCGAUGUUGGCGGCAUCAUAGGUGGCAUCAUGGCAGGGCUCAUCAGCGACUACACCAAUGGCAGGGCCACCACUUGCUGCAUCAUGCUGAUCUUGGCUGCUCCCAUGAUGUUCCUGUACAACUACAUUGGUCAGAGUGGGAUAACGAGCUCCAUAGUGAUGUUAAUUAUCUGUGGGAUCCUGGUCAAUGGCCCUUACGCACUCAUCACCACAGCAGUUUCAGCUGACCUGGGCACACACGAGAGCCUGAAGGGUAACGCCAAGGCCCUCUCCACUGUCACUGCAAUCAUCGACGGCACCGGCUCCAUAGGUGCGGCUCUGGGGCCCCUGCUGGCUGGGCUCAUUUCUCCCACGGGCUGGAACAAUGUCUUCUACAUGCUCAUCUCUGCUGACGUCCUGGCUUGCUUGCUCCUCUGCAGGUUGGUGUACAAAGAGAUCCUGGCCUGGAAGACAGCCCGGAGCAGAAGCAGCGGCUCUAGUCUGGCCCUAACCCACCCGCGAUAGUAUUUUCCUCAAGUUUCAUGACUUUUGUAUAAACAAAUAUGAUGCCUCAAUUGGAAGAGCAGCAUGGAGGGUCCCUGCUGCGUACCCAAAAUCUCCCUAUGUGCAAGAAAAUGGAAACUUCCAUCACAGGGUGAGGCAAAGCCUUUUGAUCUAACCAAUCCAGCCCAAACCCACACUGCCACGAAGGGUACAGAAGACUCUCUGGGAAGGGACUGUUGAGCAGCAAGCAUGGGAAACUGGAAGACUUAAGGCCUGAGCUCUGGGAGCUGCAAUCAGAAGGGAUGGGGCUGAAAGCAAAAGGGGAGGACGUUCAGACUCUUGAUUCCAAGCAAGAGCCAAGGCCUGGGAAAGGCGUGUCUCUCCUUCCCAUGUCCACUCAUAACCUCUGUAAUCGAGGGAUUUCACCUUGUUUCAAAGGUGCCAGGCCUCUCUCUGUCCCUUUGUCCAUGAACCAGUCUUCUUUAUGUAUUUCCCCGAGUAGGACCCUCUUGACCUCUCCUCUGUUUGAUUCUGUUGGGAACUCAGCCACUCUGAAGCACGGGCACUGCUCUUGCAGUGCUUGGAUGGGGUAAGGGAACUGUCAUGGGUACCGAAUGGAGGACAAACUCACUCUUUGGCUCCUGAGCAUGCCCACCCUCAGAAUCCAGUACCUCCCUCACCUCACCCUGAAUAUGCCUCAGUGGAUGAAGACGCUGGAGUGUGUGCUGUGAAGACUGAGGGGUGUCGUGUACAACUGAAAAUACCAGUGUGUUAACCACCUGGUGCUCACUGCAUGGCGGCUCUCCUGUAAGAAUGAACAGGAAGUGGAUACAGAGGACUGAAGCCUGAACAUGGGUGCCGAGUGUAGAUGGAAUGAGGCUACCGCUUGAAGCAUCUGAGUGACUGUUGCUCAGCAGUUGCUUGGAGCCGUACUGCAGCCACCCUCUGCCACGGGUUCUGAUGCAGGAGCUCCUUCCACUCUGAGUGGAUAUGCCAGGCUGACCCCUGGCAUUUCCGCCUGACCUCUCAGCUGCCUGUCAGCACCAAUACAGAUGUCCUUUGCCAA